CGUGAAUCAUAAUAUCACCAUAUCUUUCAACUUUCAACUUUCAACCAUAAGAAAUUCAAACACUUCAGUUCACCUAUAUGUUUGACAAAUUCACUCCCUUUGUACCUAAAGAGAUCAUAUAAUAACCCCCCAAACUGUCCCUUUGUGUUAUUCCUACGUAAACCCUAGUUCGAUUGUGUUUCAAUCAAGCUCCAUUGCAUGCACACCCAUCGAGACCGACGAAGAAAAAGCUUUCAGCACAUGCGCACAUGGGGUGUUGCGGUGAUGCUGCAAAUAUCAAUAUAUAUAGCCAUGCAAUUCAUUUCAUGUUCAUUUUAGCAAUCGCAGUAGUCCCUUUUGGUUCUCUUAGAGCUGCAAAAGUUGACAUAGAUAUGUCUACCGCCAUUCUUUUAAAGGUUGAUCUAUCCGGCGGUGGCGAUUUCGUGAAGAUUCAAGAUGCUAUUGAUGCUGUUCCAUCUAAUAAUAAGCAAGUUCAUUUCAUUUUGGUCAAGCCAGGGACUUAUAGGGAAAAGAUUGUUGUGCCAGCUGAUAAGCCAUUUAUAACAUUGAGUGGCACUAAACCCUUUGAUACCAUAAUAACAUGGAGUGAAGGUGGGGAGAUAUUUCGUUCUGCAACACUCACUGUUUUGGCUUCCAACUUCGUUGGACGCUAUCUUACAAUUCAGAACAAAUUUGGGACGAGCGGCAAGGCUGUUGCAGUGAGGGUAUCCGGCGACAAAGCUGCAUUCUAUGGAUGUAGGUUUCUCUCCUAUCAAGACACUCUCCUCGACGAUGCUGGUAAGCAUUAUUUCAACAAUUGCUACAUUGAAGGUGCCACCGAUUUCAUAUGUGGAAAUGCUGCCUCCCUUUAUGAAAGGUGCCAUUUGCAUUCCCUUUCGAAGGGAAACGGAUCCAUCACGGCCCAAAAGAGGAUUUCACCGUCGGAAAACACUGGUUUUACUUUCUUGGGUUGCAAGGUAACCGGCAUUGGCGUUGCUUUCCUUGGAAGGCCGUGGGGUGCUUAUUCUCGAGUCAUCUUUGCCCACACCUACAUGUCCAAUGUGAUUGUCCCACAAGGAUGGGAUGACUGGCAAGACCAAACCAAGCAUAGCACUGUGUAUUAUGGUGAACAUAAGUGCUAUGGUCCGGGAGCCGAUACCUCGAAGAGGGUUCAAUGGUCGCACCGCCUAUCACAAGACGAAGCUGCACCAUUCUUGACCAAGGACAUGAUCGGUGGGCGAGGGUGGCUUAGACCCACACCAAAAAAUUUCAAAAGACCCUCUAAACUCUAAGCACCCUUGCAUGCAUCACUAUGGUUCAUAAAAAGCAAAUAAUCUCUUUACAUUAAUUGGUUUAGAGAUCAAGAUUCGAUCCAUAAAUUCGUCCGUGUAGUAAUUUAAUGUAUGGGGAAUGAAAUUGUAUUGUAUAAAAGAAUU